GUGCAAAGACUUCGACGUGCAGAUCUUCUCGCAGUGGAUCCAAUUCGUGCUACUGGGGACUCUUUGGCUGGGCACCUGUGCGGAUUGGUGUCAACUCGGCCUUUGAGCAGUGUUUCAGGCUUUGUUUUGACAUCGAGGCAUACUGUUUGGGUCCCAACUCGCCAAUCUGUCAGGCCCCCUGAUCUUUGGCCUAGCGAGGCCCGUGUAUCUUUGGAAAUCGUGACCUCGUUGAGCCAGGCACUGCGAACUUUUGAGCUUCCGUGCCAUGAAGCAACGUCCUUCCAUCAAGACGUCUGGCCAGGGUCCCAAAGUGCAUCCAUCCUUGUCAACACACGGCGUUUUCAGGGAUUUUAG